AUGGCCGUCGGAGGCGGGACCCUCGCCGUUGGGUCUGUCGCGCUCGCAGACCGCCCGUUGGAUGCGAUCAUGUAUGAUAUGCGGAGCAAGGUGGAGGAGAUACGCUUGCGAGCAGCCAACGAGCUGUCCAGCUAUGUCCUCGCAAGCUCGCGCACGCUGUCCGCAGAAGCUUUCAACAAGGUCUACGGCGAGAUUCACACCCGAUGUUUCGCCCUGGUCAACUCGCCCGACCUCCAGGACAAGCUGGCAGGAAUCACUGCAAUCGACAAGCUCGUCGAUGUCCUCGGAAACGACAUGUCCAGGGCGAUCAGGCUGGCGGCAUCUGUCCAGCGCGCCUUUCCUUGUCCCGACCCGCUUGUCAUGACGAUGGCUGCCAAGGUCUUCGCUCGACUUGCGGCUCAGGGAGGAUCACAGAUGGCGGAGCAUGUUGACAUCCAGGUCAAGAGCUGUAUCGAAUGGCUUCAAGGCGAACGGAUCGAAGCUCGUCGCUACGCUGCCGUCCUCGUCCUCCGCGAGCUGACCCGCUCGGCGCCUGGACUCGUCUACGACAACGUCCCUGACCUGCUUGACAACCUGUGGACUGCGUUGCGGGAUCCGAAGGUCGCAAUCCGAGAAGCGGCAGCAGGGGCCCUUGCCGGCUGUCUCCUGAUCGUCACGCAACGAGACGGGCAGUACCGGGCAGACAUGUUCGGCAUGGUUUACGAGCAGGCGCAGCGAGGCUUCAAGCUCAACACGGCAGAGGCGAUCCAUGGAUCUUUGCUCGGCUACAAGGAGCUCUUCCUCGAGGGCAAGAUGUUCAUGCACGAGCGCUACACGGAAGUCUGCGACCAAAUCUUGUCGUUCAAGGACCACCGCGACCCGCUCGUUCGCCGCGCGGUUGUCGAGCUCAUCCCGACUCUCGCGUCUUACAACCACGCCGACUUCGCAAACCUGUACCUGCACAAGACGAUGCUCUACCUCCUCGGCCAGCUCCGGAACAACCGGGACCGGACAACCUCUUUCCACGCCAUCGGUCACGUCGCGAUGCAGGUCAAGUCGGCGAUGGCGCCGUACCUUGACCCUAUUCUCGCUAGUGUCAAGGAGGGGCUGCAGCAGCGCGGCAAGAAGGGAGCGCCGUCCGAGGAGGCGAUCUUCCAGUGUAUCGGCAUGCUCGCGCAGUCUGUCGGGCAGGCUCUCACCAAGCACAUGCACGAGCUGCUCGACCUGAUGUUUGCCUACGGUCUCUCGCCUGCGCUCGAGACUGCCUUGACGCAGCUUGGCCGGGACAUUCCGCCUCUCCUGCCCGAAAUUCAGGAACGCGUACUCAAUCUCGUCUCGCAAAUUCUCGCGAACGAGCCGUUCAUCCAGGCCGGUGCGCCUCGACGGUUCCACCGCCACGACUAUCCGAUGCCGACGCCUGAACACCGCGACGAGAACCAGGUCAUUCUCGCCCUCGAAGUACUCGGCUCGUUCAACUUCAAGGGCGUCUUCCAGGUCAACCGGGCGGCCCCGCCGGCGGAACUUGGCGACGAGCACAGUCUAGGCGAGUUCGUCCGGGAUCACGUCGCACGCUACGUUGAGGACGACAAUCCCGACAUCCGAAGAGCUGCCGCCCUCUCAUGCUGCGGCGUCCUCGCAAACGACCCCGUUGUCGGCCAGACGAGCAACAACGCCAUCCGGCUCGUCAACGAAGUCCUCGAGAAGCUGCUCACGCUCGCCAUUGCCGACCCGGACCCGACCAUCCGCCAACUCACCAUCUCGCACCUCGACCCGAAAUUCGAUCGGCACCUUGCGCAGGCAGAGUGCGUGCGCUCGCUCUUCAUCGCCUUGAACGACGAAGUCUACGCGAUCCGCGAGGUCGCGAUCAAGAUUAUCGGCCGCUUGGCGAGCAUCAACCCGGCCUACGUCAUGCCGUCGUUGCGGAAGACCCUCAUCCAGCUUCUCACCGAACUCGAGUACUCGACCUCGUCGCGGAGCAAGGAAGAGGCCUCGACGUUGCUCGGCCUGCUUGUCGGCGCCUCGCAGCGCCUUACCCGCCCCUACGUCGUGCCGAUGCUCAACGUCCUCCUGCCAAAGUCGCGGGACAACUCGCCAGCGGUCGCCGCCAGCAUCAUGACGACGCUCGGCGAACUUGCGCGAGUCGGCGGCGAGGACCUCACCAUCCAGCUCGAGCCCCUCAUGACCCUCAUCCUCGACACGCUGCACGACCAGGCGUCGGCGCCGAAGCGGGAGUCGGCAUUGCGGACCCUCGGCCAGCUGAGCUCGUACUCGGGCUACGUGAUCGAGCCGUACCUCGACCACCCGAGCUUGCUCGGCCUGCUCAUCGGCCUGCUCAAGACGGAGCCCGGCCAGCACACUCGUCGCGAGAUCAUCCGCGUCAUGGGCACGCUCGGCGCCAUCGAUCCGUACCGGCACAUCGUCAUCGAGGGCAUCUCCAACGAUGCCUACGUCGAGGCGUUCAACCCGACGGACCCGACCCAUCCGUCCAACAUCGGCCCACAGCAUGACGAGUACUACCCGACGAUCGCCUUCAACGCCUUGCUCGUCGUCUUCAACGACCCGUCCCUCAGCGAGCAUCACACGGCCGUCGUUGAUGCGAUCAUGUACAUCUUCCGUUCGCUCCGGCUCAAGGUUGUCACCUUCCUGCCGCAGGUCCUGCCCGCCUUCCUCAACGUCAUGCGGAGCUGCCCCGUCGGCCUUCAAGAGUACUACUUUCAGAACCUCGGCCAGCUCAUCUCGAUGGUCAAGCAGCACGUCCGCAACCACCUCGGCCCGAUCAUCACGACCAUUCGCGACUUCUGGACGACGACGCCGAACCCGGGCUUGCAGAUCAUCAUCGUGGACGUGAUCCAGUCGAUCGCGCUCGCUCUCGACGCCGAGUUCAAGGCGUACCUGCCGAGCCUCUUGCCGCUUCUCCUGCAGGCGUUCGACCAUAACCUCAACUUUGGCGAGCUACGGCGGCAGAACACGCUCAUCCGCGUCCUCCACGCUUUCAGCAUCUUCGGCUCGAGCCUCGAGGAGUACCUCCACCUUGUCAUCCCGGCCAUCGUCCGCACCUUCGAGCAGCCGGAUGUACCAUCUCUGCUGCGCAAGCAGGCGAUGCAGACCAUCACGCAGCUCUCGCGCAAGCUCAACUUUGCCGACCACGCCUCAAGUAUCGUGCACCCAAUUGCUCGUGUCCUCGCGUCGCCGGCAACGCCGUCUGACCUCCGCAACGUCGCCAUGGACGCCCUGUGCGCGCACAUGCUGCAGAUGGGGCCCGACUAUGUCCUUUUCGCCGGCCUCGUCAACAAGGCUCUCGUCCGAAAUCGCAUCGUCCACCAGCAGUACGACCAACUCGUCUCGAAGCUGCUCAAGGGCGAGCCUCUCCCACAAGACCUCUCUUUUGGCGACCCGGUCAUCAUGCCGAGCAACGAGGCGACGGUUGCAGCGGAUGCCGGCGUCAGCAAGUUGCCAGUCAACCAGGUCGCCCUCAAGAGCGCCUGGGAGCCUGUCGACCGAGCCAAACCGGACGACUGGCGCGAGUGGCUCAAGCGGCUGAGUGUCCAGCUGCUCAAGUCGUCGCCGUCGCACACUCUUCGAGCAUGCGCCAACCUCGCCGAGGUCUACCCGCCGCUCGCCCGCGACCUUUUCAACGCCGCCUUCGUUUCCUGCUGGACCGAGCUGUACGACCAGUACCAGGAGGAGCUCGUCCGAGCCAUGUCGACCGCCCUCGCAUCGCCGACUCUGCCGCCCGAGAUCACGCAGACACUCCUCAACCUCGCCGAGUUCAUGGAGCAUGACGACAAGCUCCUGCCGAUCCCGAUCGCAACCCUCGGCGGCUAUGCCCUCAAGUGUCGAGCGUACGCCAAGGCGCUGCACUACAAGGAGCUCGAGGUCCUCCAGGACCCGUCGGUGCAGACGAUCGAAGAGCUCAUCCGGAUCAACAACUCCCUCCAGCAACCCGACGUCUCGAUCGGCAUCCUCACGCAUGCGCACCAGGUCCACAACCUCGAGCUUAAGGAGGAGUGGUACAUCGAGCUCGAGCGGUGGGAGGACGCGCUCGCCGCUUUCGAACGCAAAGCGCAGGAGCAGCCCGACUCGUUCGACGUCACGCUCGGCCGCAUGCGCUGCUUGCACGCACUCGGAGAGUGGGACUCGCUCGCCGGUCUCGCGCAGCAGCACUGGACGCGCGCCUCGCAUGAACAGCGUCGCAAGAUCGCCCCGCUCGCCGCCGCCGCCUCGUGGGGUCUCGCGCAGUGGGAGUCGAUGGAUGCCUACAUCUCGGUCCUCAAGCACGACUCGGCCGACCGGGCGUGGUUCCGCUCGAUUCUGUCGAUCCACCGCGGCCAGUUCCACAAGGCGCAGAGCCAGAUCAACAAGGCGCGCGACUUGCUCGACACGGAGCUCACGACUCUCGUUGGCGAGUCCUACAACCGAGCGUACGACGCCGUCGUCCGGAUCCAGAUGCUUUCCGAGCUCGAGGAGAUCAUCUCGUACAAGGAGGCGACCGCGGUCGGCAACAACGAGCGACGAGCCGUCAUCCAGAAGACCUGGAUGAAGCGUCUCAAGGGCUGCAAGCGGGACGUCGACGUCUGGCAGCGCAUCCUCAAGGUCCGCGCUCUCGUCGUCACGCCGCGCGAGAACACCGAGAUGUGGGUCAAGUUUGCCAAUCUCUGCCGCAAGUCAGGCCGCCUGGGGCUCGCCGAGAAGACCCUCAACUCGCUUCUCGGCGACGACCAGGCCACGAUGGGCGGGCCGGCGAUGUCAGGACCGCCGCAGGUCAUCUACGCCCACCUCAAGUACCAGUGGGCGACUGGCGCGCGCGAAGAGACGCUCGCUUUCCUGCGCGACUUUACUGCCAAGCUCUCGACCGACCUCGGCAUCCACCCCGACGGCGAGCAAACCGCCAACGCGGAGGUGGUCAACUCGGGGCGAAAAGCCGAGUACACCCGCCUCCUCGCUCGCUGUCACUACAAGCUCGGCGAGUGGCAGAGCGCGAUGCAAGAAGACUGGGGUUCCGAAAUCAUCCCCGACAUCCUCCGCUCUUACCUGCUUGCGACGAGUCUCGACCCGACAUGGUACAAGGCCUGGCACGCGUGGGCCCUCGCCAACUCGGAAGUCGUCGCGCACUUUGCCAGAUCGCAAGGCGAGCAGGAUCCGACUCGGCCUGGGGCUUACUCGGUGCAUCUUGUGCCUGCCGUCCAAGCCUUCUUCCGCUCGAUUGCCCUCUCGCCUGAUAGCUCAUUGCAAGAUACGCUCCGCCUCCUGACUCUCUGGUUCAAAUACGGCCACGUCAACGAGGUGUCCAACACGAUCAUGGAAGGAUUCCGGUCCGUCUCGGUCGACACCUGGCUUGAGGUCAUCCCGCAGCUCAUCGCCCGCAUUCACGCUCCCGAUCCAAGCGUGCGCAAGCUCAUUCAGCACGUCCUGACGGACGUCGGCAAGGCGCACCCUCAAGCGCUCGUCUAUCCGCUCACGGUCGCCUCCAAGUACCCGAGCGAGACGCGGCGACGAGCGGCGCUGUCGAUCAUGAACAAGAUGCGCGACCACAGCGCGUCGCUGGUCGAGCAGGCCGUCCUCGUCAGUCAAGAGCUAAUCCGCGUCGCCAUCCUUUGGCACGAGCUGUGGCACGAGGGUCUCGAGGAAGCGUCGCGCCUCUUCUACGGCGACCACAACAUCGACGCCAUGUUUGCGACCCUCGAACCACUGCACGACAUGCUCGAGAAGGGUCCGGAAACGCUGCGCGAGAUCUCCUUCGCGCAAACAUUCGGUCGCGAUCUCGCCGACGCUCGCGAAUCGUGCAGGCGAUACCGCCAGUACGGCCAGAUCGAGGACCUCAACCACGCGUGGGACCUGUACUACCAGGUCUUCCGCAAGAUCAACAAGAACCUCCCCACGCUCACUCUGCUCGAGCUGCAGUACGUCUCGCCCAAGCUGCUCAACGCCAAAGACCUCGACCUUGCCGUUCCCGGUACCUACGUCGCCGGAAAGCGCAUCAUCCGCAUUGCCAGCUUCGGCGCCAACCUCGAGGUCUUUACCUCGAAGCAACGGCCGCGCAAGCUUCGCGUGUUCGGCAGCGACGGCAUCGAGUACAAUUUCUUGCUCAAGGGCCACGAGGAUCUUCGUCAAGACGAGCGAGUCAUGCAGCUCUUCGGCCUCGUCAACACGCUCCUCCAGAAGGAUCCGGAGACGUUCAAGCGCCAUCUCACGAUCGUCAAGUACCCCGUCAUCCCGCUCUCGCCGAACUCGGGUCUCCUCGGCUGGGUCAACAACACAGACACCCUCCACGUUCUGAUCAAGAACUACCGCGACUCGCGCAAGAUCCUCCUCAACAUCGAGCAUCGCUUGAUUCUUCAGGCGCGUCUGGCCAUGGCGCCCGACUUUGACCACCUCAUGCAGAUGCACAAGCUCGAGGUGUUCGAGUACGCCCUGGACAACACGACCGGCCAAGACUUUUACCGCGUGCUCUGGCUCAAGAGUCGCAAUUCGGAGGCGUGGCUCGACCGGCGAAGCAACUACUGCCGGACGCUCGCCGUCAUGUCGAUGGUCGGGCACAUCCUCGGUCUCGGCGACCGGCAUCCGUCGAACUUGCUCAUGGACCGCGUCACCGGCAAGAUCAUCCACGUCGACUUUGGCGACUGCUUCGAGGUCGCGAUGCAGCGAGAGAAACACCCGGAGAAGGUACCGUUCCGUCUCACGCGCAUGCUCACAUCGGCGAUGGAGGUGUCCGGCAUCGAGGGGACCUUCAAGAUCACCUGCCAGCACACGAUGCGCGUCCUUCGCGAGAACAAGGAGUCGAUCCUCGCCGUGCUCGAAGCGUUCGUCCACGACCCGCUCAUCAAUUGGAGGCUCGUCCAAGGCGGGCGGCAAGUCGGGAACAACGCCGGACGCGGCGGCGAGAACGCGCCGGCAGGUGCGCGACGACCGCGCGGAGACGAGACCAACAUUCAUGACGACGGCGCAGUUGGCCAGAUCAACACUCGAGCCGUGCAGGUCAUCGAGCGCGUCCAGCAGAAGUUGACAGGCCGCGACUUCAAGCCGACGGUCUCCCUUUCGACCGAGCAGCAGGUCGACCGCCUCAUCGACAUGGCCACCAAGCUCGAGCACCUCAGCCUCAUGUUCAUCGGGUGGUGCGCUUUUUGGUGA